UAAUCACGGGGUUUAACAACUCUCACAUUCUCAUCGGUAUUCGGCAAGCAAAGAGCAGGAGAGAAGAGAGAGCCACACUUGACACAGGGCCACCGUCUCCUUGGCAUCCUCCCCAAGGGCAGGCGAUCGAGGAGGGAGAUGACGGAUGUGCAGCACACGGCGGCCGGCCACGCCGCGAGGCGAGUCAAGCUGUUCCGGAUGCCGCGGCGGCCGGCUGCGACUGCGGGGCCGCUGGUGCCGGCCGGUGGGCGGAAGAAGAGGAAGAUGGCGGUGGCGAGGCUCGGCGGCGCCGGCGGGAGGAGGCGGCUGUUCGGGGCGUUCCGGCGGCUGCGGAUACGGUGGCUGGCGGCGCUGUACCGUCGCUCGCUGCGGCGGCUGCGCGCGUACUACGCCAACGCCGUCCGGGACCUCCUAGAGGGCGCGGCGGCCAUGAGCACGCUGCGCGCGCAGGCCGCCGCCGACUGCUCGUUCGGCACCGCGUUCGCGCCGGUGGUCACCGUCGGCUACUGAUCGAUGUCCGCUCCCGCCGGUGCAGGAGCAGGAGCGCCCUGUGUAUAGACGCUUUUAAUUGUCUAUGAUAAUUCAAGUGCUCUUUUUUUUUGCGUUGUUGCAUUUCUUCUGGUGAUCAUUGACCUCAGCGAUCAGUGUUCAUCGUGUUCGUAAUCACCUAGCUUGUACUACAACUUUCUUGAACUGAAAAAAAAUUGAAAUUGAUUUCACGUUAAAGUAGAGGAGAUAGAGAGAAAAGAUGCGAUCU